AAAAAACCCUAACAAUAUUGCAAUUAUAUUUUACGGAAUUUAGGAACAAAAAAAAAAAUAGGAGGAGUGUUGUUGAGGGUUGUCGGACUCAUCAUCCAAUUCUCAAAUAUAGUUAAGCCCGUCCAAUUUGAUUAGAUUCAAAUCCGCUCCAUCAUCCCAUCUCAUUCACUUUUCUCCCUCUCUUUCUCUCUCUCUGGAAUUCUUCUAUACAAUUUAUUAUCCCCUCCGCCAUAAAACCCACACACACAUUUUUAUUGCUGCGUUUUCCAUUUCAUAUUUGUUGUAAAUUUGAGCGCGAGGAAGUGAUGGAGGCAACAGGCUACAACCCUCGGACUGUUGAAGAAGUUUUUAGGGAUUUUAAGGGCAGAAGAGCUGGACUUAUCAAAGCUCUCACUACAGAUGUUGAAGAAUUUUUCCAGCAGUGCGAUCCUGACAAGGAGAAUUUGUGCUUGUACGGGUUUCCUGGUGAGCAAUGGGAGGUCAAUUUACCUGCUGAAGAAGUUCCACCAGAACUCCCUGAGCCUGCUUUAGGAAUCAACUUCGCUAGGGAUGGGAUGCAAGAAAAGGACUGGUUAUCUCUAGUUGCUGUCCACAGUGAUGCUUGGUUGCUUGCUGUUUCCUUCUACUUUGGUGCUAGGUUUGGAUUCGAUAAAGCCGACAGGAAGCGGCUCUUCAACAUGAUCAAUGAUCUACCAACUGUAUUUGAAGUUGUGACUGGUGCUGCCAAAAAACAGCAGAAAGAGAAAUCUUCAAUCUCAAAUCAUAGUAGCAACAAGUUCAAGUCGAACCCCAAACCGCGAGCUGAAACUCCUGGAAAGUAUUCAAGGCCACAGCCACAACCAAAAGAAGAAGACGAUGGCUUACUAGGCUUACUAGACGAGGAAGAUGAGGAUGAACAUGGGGAGACGCUAUGUGGUGCCUGUGGCGAUAACUAUGCAUCAGAUGAAUUCUGGAUUUGCUGCGACAUAUGUGAGAAGUGGUUCCAUGGCAAAUGCGUGAAGAUCACCCCUGCUAGAGCCGAGCAUAUCAAGCAGUACAAGUGUCCCACGUGCAACAACAAGAGAGCUCGCCCGUAGUCUAGAGCUUCUGUACUUUCUGAAGACUACAUCUGCGUCGGGUAAUCGGAUCCAUCCUUGUUCUAAGCACCAAAGCCUAACCUGUGAAUGCGCGCUUUCUGAUUGGGGGAUCUCGUUUUUUGGUAUAGAUAGUGUUAGAAGUAGUCCCCUCACUGGCUAGAACUUGUGUUUCUUUUUAAAUAGGAUUUCGUGUCUUCUUCAAUGAAUUGGUGAAAAAGUUGUUUAUCUCCGUUCCUAUUAUGAUGUGUAGUUUUGUGAAUUA